GUGAGUGUAGGCUACACCAUUAUGGUGGACCUUUUUGAGACCAAUACUUAUUUCUUUAAUGAUUUGCGCUAUCUCGAGGGAGAUCAUGGACCAUUGCAGCACUUUGACAUUGCGGGGGUGUCCCCUUUGUACCAUGGAAAUGACAGCCCAUUGUCGCCUGGUGGGGAUCCGUCCGAAACUGGAUGUGACAGCAGCGGAGAGGAACAUGUCCUCGCACCAGCCGGUCUUCAGUCGCACUGCGAGGGACAGUGUCUCAUUUGGGCGUGUAAGGUUUGUAAAAGAAAGUCGGCACCGACCGACAGGCGCAAAGCGGCAACUCUCAGGGAAAGAAGGCGGCUCAAGAAGAUCAAUGAAGCAUUCGAUGCGUUAAAGAAAAAGACCGUUCCCAAUCCCAACCAGCGGCUGCCCAAAGUGGAGAUUUUACGCAGCGCCAUCAACUACAUCGAGAAAUUGCAGGACCUGUUGCAUACCCUGGAUGAUCAAGAAAAAAAGCCGCCAAAUGGCUCAAAUAACUGUCACGCAAAAGAACACCAUGUGUCUAAUAAGGAGUAUCAUUGGGAAAAGACCUGUCACAACUGGCAGACCACAGCUGAUCAUUCCAAUGCACCAAUGACAAAUCAGAGGCCAGGCUUACCAGAGUCUUCAGCAUCCACCAGCCUUCUUUGCCUAUCCUCCAUUGUCGACAGCAUCUCAAGUGAAGAGAAGAAAUCUUGCAAUGAAGAAGUAUCCCAAAAAUAGUGCAUGAUAUGUUGGAAUGUUGUAGCGUGCAGGAGUGACAUCAGCAUUUCACAUUUCCAUCGUCUCUUCCUAAAUGAUUUCCAUUUCUUUAUCAUAUGUUUUAGUUUCCAUUUUCACGUAUCCGUUUGUACAAAUUAAUGGGCAUUAUGUGUUCACUGUUUUCUUAAGAAAAAAAUACUGGUAUAAAGGAGGUGUAAAGAAUGACAAACAUUUUUACUUUAACCUUUUAUUUCCCAAAUUAACAUUUAAUAAUUGUAAAUAUUUUAUAAUAUAUUAACAACUAACUUAUUUUAUAUUCAAAAGGGAGAAAAUACUCAAGAGAUUCAUUAUUGUAUUUAAGUAUUUAUAUGAACUGACCAACACAUAAAUUGUAAGCAUUGCAGCCUAUACAAGGCAUCUACAGUUCUGUUUUGUUCAUCACUAACUAUGCACUUCAUUAUUUAUUUGAAAUAAUUUUCAGGUAUUAUAAGAUUUAUUUUGUUUUGAUACAUUUUGAUAAAUACCAACUAAAUUGUAAACACUAUGGCCUUGACACGUGUAGUGAAAACCAUGCAAUUAAAACCUCAGCAAUGGUA